AUGUACCUCUCCUCCCUCGCGCUCCUACAUAAACGCGGCCGCUCCAAAUCCAAUGUCGUCGGCGAAUACCAGGCUAUCUUCGAACUCUCAAAUGCAAUGCACCUCGAACUAACCCAACACAUCGGCUCCGAAGAGGCGAACAGUAUCUCUCACCUCACCGAAUCCCAGCUCCAGAAACACAUCACCAGCUCCCUAAAUGGCGGGUCUAUAGCCUUCCACACCUCGUCUCUCUCGCAAGAGGGUACCUGUCGAUUUCGCCACCUGCUCAGGAAAGAAAGCUGGUGGAUAGGGUUUCUGGUGCUGGCGACGCCGUCAGCGGUGUGGUGCGGGUUUGUGCCGUAUAUGGCGCCGGCGGUUAUGGUGUUGCCACUGCCAGUAGUGUUUGCUAUGCGUGGUGCUGGGGCUGGCACAGGUGGGGCUUAUGGCAGUGCCGUUGAUGUUUAUGGGGAGAUAGCGCAACGUAAAUGA